AAUCAAUUCUACCCUCCAUCACCUACUUCAUCAUGUUUUCUCUGCAGUCGCUGGCGCGCACGGUGCUCUCCGCCGCCCGCCGCCCCCUGCAGCCGCACACGGUGUUCACGCGUGAGCGCAACAACCUCGCGCCGCGGAAAGUCAAGCACGUCAAGCGGCACAAGGGCCGUGUGCCCAUCCCCAUCGGCGGGUCGAUCAAAGGCACGACGCUCGCGUACGGCGACUGGGGCCUGCGCAUUAAGGGAAAUGGCGCGCGUCUCACUGCGAAGCAGCUGGAGACUGUCGAGGAGGUCGUGAAGAAGAAGCUGAAGAUUAUCAAGGGCGUCAAGGUCUACCUGCGCAUCUUCCCGGAUAUCCCUGUCUGCAUCAAGGGAAACGAAACCCGUAUGGGGAAAGGAAAGGGUACAUUCGAGUUCUGGGCUUCCCGAGUCUCCACCGGUCGCGUUGUUGUUGAAAUCGGUGGGACCCCCAUCCGAGAGGAGCUCGCACGCGAAGCUCUCCGCAUCGCCGCCGCGAAACUGCCCACCAAAAUGGAGUUCAUCCGACGGAGCACACCACCUCGACUAGGCACGCUCAUCCUCCGGCCGCCGCCCACACUCGCGCAAGCGCCCGUGCCUAUUAUUCCUGACGCCGCGCUCGCACCCGAGACGACGGUCAAUGUGUAGUAGGAAUAGUAAUCGAACCUGUUCCGGUUAUCAACGACGACCACCGAGGAAUAUCUCCGGUGUCAUGCGUUGCUUUCGCUCAAGGUCAAUCUGUCGUUCCACGCAUCGAGUGCCGGAGCAGCGGGAUCGACCGUCGUCAACCUGUGGGAAGUCUGGCCCACAAGCAUACCGGACUGUGGACGGCUCGGCAUCUAAGAGUGUCAAUGAGGGGCGGCGCGACGGACAUGGCGACCGCAAACGCAUGCGGUGUGGCUGACAGAACAUUGAGUGGCGUGUGGGAUUAUUUACCCGGAUCCAUACUCGCGAGCCAUCCAAUCUUGAGCUGGAGUUUCAACACAGGAAGCACACCCGACGUUUAACCACCGGCCGACACAGAAGGAGGACCUGAUCUUAUUGCAACGCUGAUCAUGUCUAGCUCACCUUUGGGAAUGGCUUUCAAUGGGCGCGUCCCGCCGAAUGAAUUUUCAGUCUCCUGCCGAUCGUCGGUGCACAUUCAGGAUCCGGUAAGCGCUGUAAGUUGAGUCUGCGGCAGAGUAGGUAAUAGACGACCGGUAGAGGCCAGAGGUUCAUGUGAAUUGUAUCCGGUGCUAUUUCACCAGCCAUGUUACCGUUUCCCACCCAUGUCUAUACCGAACUCGCAGUUACUUCCAAUUCGGAUAUGACCCCACUUUUGCGUUUCGCCCUGGAACAGAAUCUAUAUCAUACGCUGUAUCGACAAUCUGCGCGACGUAUCUGUUUUUCCUCGAGCUAUUUG